UUUCAACUUUGCCUGUCGAAGUCCAAACUGGACGUUCAGUCUGGAAAUUCCCACACACGUGACCUUGUGCAACCAAAAAUUUGCUAACCCCUUCACCUCUCUGGGAAGAUGUUCUAUACAGCUUUCCGUGCAGCUUCGAGGGGAGUGCCAAGAAGGUAUUCUACGCGCACUUAUUCCCUUAAUUUACUCCCAAGAACAUUAGCCCCCCUCUCUUCCUCAUCGUCUUUCCACACAUCCGCGCGUCGUUACGAUGAGUUGCCUAAGUCUCCAUUCAAAACAUUCGUUGAGGUGUUGCAGGAGGAAAUCAGGAAGAAUAGGCAACUUGAGGAAAAUGUGUUAAAGCUCCAGGGCGAUGUUACUAAAAUGCAGGAUUCUGAGGCCAUGAAGCGGGCCAAAGACAUGUACGAACGUGCUAGACUUACUGCCUCGAUCAAAGAAAAUCCUCGGCUGCGGGUCGCCGCUGAGCAGCUAAGAGCGAGUGGAGUUAAAGUCGGGGAUGCGGUCUCGGAGGCCCUUAAAACCAUGGAGGAGAGCGACAUUAUGCGUGCAAUUUCGAGAGCAUCAAAUGCGGUUUCUUCAACUAUUGUUAGCGGGACAGAACCCAUUCGGAAUACUGCGGCAUACAAAGCCCUUGCAGAAACUGUUAUUGAUGCAUUAGAUGAUAGUGGUAGCUCUAAACAUGCUGGCUACGAGACGAAGGAAGUGCGAAGAUUGCGUCGGAAGCGGAGAUUAGAAAGGGCUGGGCGUUCUGGCACGUUAUCACCACGGCCGCGCACAACUGAGAAUUCAGAAGCCGGGUCUAAUAUAGUUCUGCACAAGGAUAACGCAAAGAGGGAGAAAUGGGAACGUCUGAAAGAGACGAACCCUGUCUUUCGGCGAUUGGCUGACUUACGGCGUGCAUAUGUCGAGUCGGAAGACCCACUCGUAGCAGGGAUGCGGUCCGUCACCAGUACGAUUGGUCGAUGGUUCGAUGAAAACGAAACAGCCCAGGUCACACGUCUGAUGAAGGCUAUGGAUCCCAAUUUCAAUGUCGAGUCCUUUGGUAGAGAGCUACGGGAAUUCAUAAUACCAGAAGUAGUGGAUGCGUACAUAAGUGCGGAUAAGGAGGCAUUGUCAGCAUGGUGCUCGGAAGCGACAUUCAACGUUCUCUGGGCUACUAUGGAGGUGUAUCUUAAACAGGGACUUGUUCCAGAAAGUCAGGUCCUCGACAUACGGAAUGUAGACGUUAGCCAAGGGAAGCUGCUGGAAAACGACGUCCCAGUCUUCGUUGUCUCAUUCAGUACCCAAGAAGUUUUGGUGUUCCGAAAUUCAUUAAGCCGGGAAGUCGUGGUGGGUGCCCCAGACAAAGUUGAGCAAGUAAUGUACGCCGCUAUUAUAACGAGGCUGGAGAGCGAACUGGAGGACGAACUAACAGGGGGAUGGAAAAUUAUUGAAAUGGCAAGACGGGGAGGUCGAUCAUACUUAUAGUUCAUUGCUCGCGUGUCCCUUACCUCUACAUACUCCGGACGAUCUCACUCUCACUACUUCUUAGAUCUUCAUGUACUAUGGAGCACUACGUGGACUACGAAAAUAAUACAUCCCCCGUCAGCUCGUUGAA